ACUGUAGCAUUACAGUAAGCACUGUAGCAUUACAUUAAGCACUGUAGCAUUACAGUAAGCACUGUAGCAUUACAGUAAGCACUGUAGCAUUACAUUAAGCACUGUAGCAUUACAGUAAGCACUGUAGCAUUACAGUAAGCACUGUAGCAUUACAUUAAGCACUGUAGCAUUACAGUAAGCACUGUAGCAUUGCAGUAAGCACUGUAGCAUUGCAGUAAGCACCAUAGCAUUACAGUAAGCAUCCUAGAUGGCACAGUAAGCACCGUAGCAUUACAGUAAGCACCGUAGAUGGAACAGUACGCACCGCAGCAUUACAGUAAGCACUGUAGCAUUGCAGUAAGCACUGUGGCAUUACAGUAAGUACCGUAGCGUUACAGUAUUGUUACAUCAAGGGCUGGGCGGGAGGGCACACAGCUAUACAAACUUGUCAAACCCGUAUAUAUAUUUUAGUUUUAUUUAGUUAGUAUUGUAAUACUCUUUCCAGUAUCAUAAUAGUUCGUUUCAUGUGUUGAUAUAGAACAAUCCAGUCCCUGAAUACAAACGAAAACGGGCGAAUGCCAGGAAAAGAAUGGGGAGAUUGAGGCAAAGGGUGCGGAAUUUUGGUAAAAUUCAAGGGAUGCCACAAAUGGCCCUUGUGCACCUCACAACCGAGGGAACAUUGAAGGUUGUUGGACACCAAGAUAUGGUUGAGGCUGUUGGCCGCAGCAACCUGGUUAACAUACUGAAUAUUGCACCGGUAGCGCCCGCUACCACUCAGGAAGAGGAAAAAGUCGACCUUCGACGUAUAUCCAUGGCGGUGGACUACGCCGACGUCCGGGACGUCCACCUAUUAAGACGAGCGGUCACUCAGGUCACAAUUGACAAAGGUGCCAAGGGAUCCCGAUGUAUUUGGGGAAACGAAGGCCUUCGGCCUUCUUGGUGGCCUGAGGGUGUGCCGUUUGUGGCGCCCUCAGCAACACACACGGACGAUGCUGGCACUAAACAUCGGCUGCAGACGGCAUCCAACCUCAGACAUAUCAUGUGCAGCUGGAAACGCCACGUGAUAUCGUUUUCACAAUACUAACCAACAUAUCUCUAGAGCACUGUCUUGAUAUAGACGUGACUCACCUACACCAUCACUCCAGCGUGCAAUGUACACAAUACUCCAUUAACUGUAGGUAACUUUUACAUUGUGCAGGUAAUCCGCCCAAUAUCAAUCUGGCAACUUUGCUAAUUUCCAAAGUUCUUACCCCGAAACUCUCGAUCAGAUUUCCACAGUUC